ACACAGAUUCAAACAUCGGGUCCACGUGUCAUUCUACCGGAUAUCCGGCGGGAGAGCCCAAUCACCCAUCGCCACAUUCCCCGGCCAUCAUUAAAAACUCCCAAAUUCGUUCGCCGGCGUUUCGGGACAUGUGUAUAGUGAUGAAUAGUAUUCUUUAAUUUCAGCCUUGGACAUACAGUAGUUAGGUCCCACUCUAAUCAGUAGCAAUGGCAUUUUCGUCAAUCUCGCGGCUGCGCCUCUCAUGGUGUGUCGUCGCAUUGUCAAUAAUUAGCUUCUACAAAGUUGAAUGUAUUGCAGUCAUGUCUGUGGACCUUGGCGUUGAGUGGAUGAAAGUUGCCAUUGUUUCACCCGGAGUCCCUAUGGAAAUCGCAUUAAACAAAGAUUCGCAACGGAAAACGCCAGUUGCUAUUGCAUUUCGAGAUGGGGAACGGCAUUUUGGUGAACAAGCUGUCUCAACGGGUGUCAGGUUUCCAGACAAGAGCUACUCGCACUUCCUUGACCUGUUGGGCAAGGACAGGAACAGCCCUGUAGUGAAGGAAUUUGAACGUCGCUUCCCAUACUACCAGUUGGAGGCUGACCCAAAGACGGGUGGUGUCCUGUUCAGGCACCCAGAGGGCAUGGUCUUCAGCCCUGAGGAACUGCUUGGCAUGAUUCUGGCUUACGCAAGAGAGUUUGCUUCAAAUGCUGCUGGACAGACUAUCAAGGAUGCAGUGAUCACAGUUCCUGCGUUCUUCAACCAGGCAGAAAGGAGAGCACUUGCUCAGGCUGCUAGCCUUGGGGGCCUGAAGCUUCUUCAGCUUAUUGGAGCCAACACUGCUGCGGCACUCAACUAUGGUGUUUUCCGGCGCAAGGAGUUCAAUGACACGCCAGUGCACAUACUGUUCUACGACAUGGGCACCGGCAGCACCACGGCAACCAUUGUGGCCUACCAGACGGUCAAGACCAAGGACAAGAUUCUCGCCGAGCAUGUGCCUCAGCUUUCCAUCAAGGGCGUGGGGUAUGAUCGUUUCCUGGGUGGCUUGGAGUUCAAGCUGCGACUGGGCGAGCGAUUUGCCCGGGAAUUCAGUGCGCUGAAGAAGACAAAGCAGGACGUGUUUGACAACAAGCGUGGACUGGCCAAGCUCUUCAAGGAGGCUGACCGUGUCAAGAAAGUUCUAAGUGCCAAUACUGAACACGUUGCCCAGGUUGAAAAUGUAAUGGAAGACGUGGACUUCAAGUUCCCUAUCACCAGGGUUGAGUUUGAGGAAAUCAGCGAUGACCUGUUCAAGCGUGUGGCCGCACCAAUCCACAUGGCCCUUUCAUCUGCUGGCAUGACCUUGGGUGAAAUCGACCAAGUGAUAGUGGUGGGUGGCAGCACCCGCAUUCCGCGCGUGCAGCAGGAGCUGCACGCUGCCCUGGGAAGCAGCCGAGAGCUGGGCAAGAGCGUCAACGCAGACGAGGCGGCGGCGCUCGGUGCAGCCUAUCAGGCCGCCUACCUCAGCAAAGGGUUCAAGGUCAAGCUCUUCCAGGUCAAGGAGGCCAGUCUGUUCCCCAUUCAGGUGGACUUCAGCCGAGAUGUUGACACAGAUGGCGUCAAGAGCACAAAGGUGGUGCGGCGAGUGCUGUUCAACAGAAACAACCUUUAUCCACAAAAGAAGGUGAUGACCUUCUCGCGCUACACGUCGGACUUUGACUUUGACAUCAACUACGGGGACCUUAGCUUCCUGUCCAACAAUGAGCUUGGCAACUUUGGAUCACUGAACAUCAGCAAAGUGUCGCUGACUGGAGUGGCGGAAGCGAUUCAAAAGCAUGCUGAUGAUGCUGAACCCAAGGGCAUCAAGGCUCACUUCAGGCUAGAUGAGAGUGGCCUGCUUCACCUAGACUCUGUCAUUUACCUUUUCGACAAAAAGGUUCCGAUUCCUGGAGCGAAGCAAAAGGUUGUUAAGAAAGACCCGCCUGCUCCCAAGCCGGCCGAGGCAACCUUUGAGAAGACCGUGGAGGAAGUGGUUCCUCCAGCUGAGGAGUCAACAUUGUCACGGCUAGGAAGCACCUUGGGGAAACUGUUUUCUGGAAGUUCAGAUGAACCCACAAAGGAGGAGAGUGGCCAGGAAGCUGACAAUAAUACUGUGCAGGCCCAGGACAAUACCACUGCCAGCCAUGACAAUGAAAACAGAACCCAGGCUGAACAGAGGAGCUUGGGAGGAGAGGCUGCCAGCAAUGAAACUACCAAGACUACGAAACUGGUCACAGUGAAAGAACCGGUGACCAUUCGUAUGACUCUCGUGGACCGGACAGAAUUCACUGCUGAGCAGCUUGCUGAAUCCGUGAAGAAGCUCUCUGAUUUGGACAGCAAGGACAGGGCAAAGCUUGCCAGGGACCAUGCAAGGAAUGCUUUGGAGUCAUUCCUGCAUGAGACAAAGGACAAGAUGUACAGUGAUGAGUACGAGAAGGCCUCAACUGAAGAGGAGCGCCAGAACAUCAUUGCCAAACUGACCGAAGGCUCUGACUGGCUCGAAUAUGAAUCAGAUAAUGCUGAGACCAAGACCUUCAAGGAAAAGCUGUCUGGUUUGACACGGCUUGUCAAGGACCUGUUCGACCGUGUGCAAGAACACCGAGAGCGACCGGGAGCCUUCGUUGCUCUGAACAACAUGUUGAAUGCUAGCGAGGUUUAUCUGUCCGCCAUCACUGGCCUCCAGGACCAGGUUUUCACUCCUGUUGAGAUUGAAACGCUGUCCAGGAUCAUCAAUGAAACCAAGGACUGGCAAGUGGAGCAAGUGAGGAUACAGGAACAGACUCCACUACACGAGGCACCCAAGGUGACCCUGCGAAUGAUCUUCGAAAAGAUCCAGCUUUUGGACCGUGAGACCAAAUACCUGCUGAACAAGGCCCAGCGUGCACCACCGCCAAAGCAAACUACCAAAAAGCCCGAAACACCAGAACCUGCAAAAGAGGCUGAGGAAGAGGUUGUGGCCGAUGUUGAGAUGCCCGAGGGUCCAGUGCCAAUGGAACAGCCGGCAACAGAAGGGGAAGGUGCUGUUCCCUUCGAACCUGUGGAGCCAACACCUGAGCAACCUGAGGAUGGCCAACACACCGAGCUUUGAAGGAUCACAAAACACUGCACUCUAAUUUAUGGACUCGUCACUCACUGUCUACGGCACAUCAGCAGCCAGGAGGAAACUGUUGGGAAGGGUUCCUUAAUUUUUUUUUAAUUUGUGGUUUUGUACAUAUAUUGCCAGAGUUAUUAUUUAACGAGACUGGAAAGUAAGGCUGCAGUGUACUCAUUGGAGAGUGCAGCAGCAGGAGAAUGUUUCCAUGAAACAGUCUUGGCACUAGUUUCUUUAGAAGCAUCUUCGAUGCCGUUUGUUCAAUGUGCUUGGAAACGUCACAUUGGAGAGAAGAUUGGGAGCCCUACGAAAGUGAGAAGUUCAUUUUCUUUUCUUCGUUCAUGGUGUUAGCUGUAGAAGCCACCAGCAAAUGGAUAUUUAUGACUUCUUCAUUUUUUCAUUGUGCAGAAAUGGAUUUGCUGGAGGUCACCUAUAUCACCUUACAUCUAGCUUGUAAAUGAGGAGUUACGCUACACAAAGUUAUUGAGCAGCAUUGCAGCUUGGUGUUACAGUCGAAUUGGCAGACAGAACUGUAGAAUAUGAUUUUUGACGUUUCUAGGCUUCCAUUUGAAUAGGUGAUUGUGACUUGAUUGAAGCCGGUGAGCUAGCACUCUUUAAUGAAAGUGUAAUUGGCAGAAUCUGGUGCAGUUGUUUGCUGAUAAUCUUAGAUUGGCGGAUGCUAGUGAGCUAGUAUACUCAAUAAUUGGCAGCCAGAAAGCAAGCUGUCAAAGUUGACCUCGUGUCAUAUUUUGCAAAAGCCGGUGAAAUAGUACUCAUUGGUGCUGUAGAAACUCUCGCAGGAACAUUCACAUUUCUCGUGCUCAUUUAAGCUAAGGUGUAUUGGACCACUUGUUACGUUGGGCUUACUUUACCGAACUUUGUAUAGGGGCACAGAUGAAAUUGUUUGUAUUGUUUUGUACGCACUUCUUUUUCUUUGUGCUAUGUGCUCAUGUUGGUAGCUGCUGCUCAAACUUUUUAAAAACUUGUUUACAGGCAAGUAUUUGAUCAGGCAGCCUCGAAUAGUGAUGUCAAAGCCUACCUUUUUUCUUUCUUUUUUUUUAUGUACUUGCAUAUUUGGUUGCACAGUGCCUCUUGCAUGAGAUAUUGGCACAGUGCGGCAGGCCUAGAAGUGUGUUCCUUUCCACAUGUGUGAGUACUGGAAAAUUUUAUUUGUGUACGACACUGCAGUGGCCACACAAGUGAAUGAAGUGAGAAGGAGAGUGGGCAAGACCGAGUGAAUGAUCCCUGACCAAAUGCAGAAUGCCAUGUAUUUUUUGCGUGAUGGUUCUCUACACCUUGUACAUAUUGACAGAUAAAUGUCCUGUUUGCAAAUAAAAGUUGUGGUCUUGUCGUA